UUUCCAUCUUCUUCUCCUUUCGAUCUCUCAGAAAAACCCUCUCCCCUUCUCUCUCUCUCUCUCUCUCUCUCUCUCUCUCUCCAAGCCUAGUAUCAACCACCAUGACUGCUUACAGAGGCAAAUACGCUGAUGAGCUCAUUGCCAAUGCUGCCUACAUUGGCACCCCUGGAAAGGGUAUUCUGGCUGCUGAUGAGUCCACUGGCACCAUUGGAAAACGUUUUUCCAGCAUCAACGUUGAGAAUGUUGAAGAGAACAGGCGUGCUCUUCGUGAGCUCCUCUUCACCGCCCCCAAUGUCCUCCAGUACCUUAGUGGAGUGAUCCUCUUUGAGGAAACCCUCUACCAGAAAACAGCUGCAGGCAAGCCUUUCGUUGAUGUCAUGAAGGAAGGUGGUGUUCUCCCUGGUAUCAAGGUUGACAAGGGUGUUGUUGAGCUUAAAGGCACCGACGGUGAGACCACAACCCAGGGUUUGGAUGGCCUUGGUGCCCGCUGCGCUAAGUACUAUGAAGCCGGUGCCCGGUUUGCCAAAUGGCGUGCUGUGCUCAAGAUUGGUCCCAAUGAGCCAUCUCAGCUUUCAAUCAACGAGAAUGCCAAUGGCUUGGCUCGUUAUGCUAUCAUCUGCCAGGAGAAUGGUUUGGUACCCAUUGUUGAGCCUGAGAUCCUUGUUGACGGACCCCACUCCAUUGACAAGUGUGCUGAUGUGACUGAGCGCGUCCUUGCUGCAUGUUACAAGGCUGUCAAUGACCACCACGUCCUUCUUGAAGGAACUCUCUUGAAGCCCAACAUGGUGACUCCCGGAUCUGAUGCCAAGAAGGUUGCACCAGAAGUGAUUGCUGAGUACACCGUCCGUGCCUUGCAGCGCACUACCCCUGCAGCUGUCCCUGCUGUGGUGUUCUUGUCUGGUGGACAGAGUGAGGAGGAGGCUACUCUCAACCUUAACGCCAUGAACAAGCUCAAGGGAAAGAAGCCAUGGACUCUUUCCUUCUCCUUCGGCCGUGCUCUUCAAGCCAGCACUCUCAAGGCUUGGUCAGGAAAGAAAGAAAAUGUUAAGGCUGCACAGGAGGCUCUCCUCACAAGGGCCAAGGCCAACUCAGAGGCAACCUUGGGAACCUACAAGGGUGAUGCCAAGCUCGGAGAGGGCGCUGCAGAGAGCCUUCACGUCAAGGACUACAAGUACUGAAGAAGUUUAGACUUCUUUCUUCUCCUUGUGUUUUGUUUUUGGAAAACUAUCUUUUGCGUCGUGUAUCACAAUGGCAUUUUCAGGCAUAUAGUUUUAGGGAUUUUUCAAAGUUAUGUUUCUCAAUCUUGAUCUUGGUUUGUAGGAUUUGGUAGAAUAAACAAGCUUGAAGAGCAUUGACAUGUUGA